AUGCCCAAACUUCUUACGCGACCAGGGAGCCAUCCGCUACGCUCACUAUCGCGCACAGCGCAGUCGCACUGGAAGUUGAUAUUGGCUAUCGCUUCUUUGUUGCUCGUCGAAGCAUACGUCCACGUACACAAAUACGAUGUCCCCCGCCCGUCGCCGCCCCUCGAUGCGCCCUUCUACACAGGAUGUCAGGACCCCGUCCUAAACACGACUGCGCGCGAAUCCGCCGUGUUCAUGAUGCUCGCGCGCAACUCGGAAGUCAAGGGUGCAGUCUCGAGCGUGCGAAGCGUGCAGGAGCAGUUCAACGACAACUUUGGUUAUCCUUGGGUUUUCCUAAACGAUGAGGAAUGGACUGAAGACUUUAAGCGGAAGGUGAGCAAGGCAGUCGGAGAAGGCGCAGACGUCAAGUUCGAAGUCAUACCCAAGGAGAUGUGGGGGUAUCCCGAAUGGAUUGACCAAGACCGUGCGAAGAAGAGCAUGCAGGAUAUGAAGAACCGGGGUAUACAAUACGGAGGACUAGAGAGCUACCACCACAUGUGUCGCUUCCAAUCUGGCUUCUUCUACGACCAUCCCGCCCUCCUCCCCUACAAGUACUACUGGCGCGUCGAGCCCAGCAUAUCCUUCACCUGCGCCAUAACCUACGAUCCCUUUGUCGAAAUGGCCCGCCACAAGAAACGCUACGGCUACACAACCGCCCUCUGGGAGCGCGGCCAAACCGUCCCCUCCCUCUUCCGCAAACUCUCCCUCUACAAGAACGAAUACCGCCUCCCCACCUCCACGCUCUGGACCGCUAUGAUCGAUGCCAGCUGGAUGCCGUGGCCCUUUCGUCGCAUGCUGGCUGCGCUGCGCAAUAGGGAUGAGCGCGGUGAUCUGUGGAAUAUGUGUCACUUUUGGUCAAACUUUGAGAUUGCGGAUAUGGACUUCUUCCGUGGGGAUGCGUAUCGAGCCGUGUUCGAUUAUCUAGACCGUGACGGCGGGUUCUACUACGAGAGGUGGGGUGAUGCACCUGUUCAUUCGUUGGCUGCGGCGAUGCUGUUGCAGCCGCAGGAACUGCAUCAUUUUAGAGAAGGCGAAGGGGGUCAAGAUACCGAAGUAUGA